AGCCGGUUCAACCAACUUCCGCUAGCCGUCAUGGCGGCCCGCUCUCUUGUUUAUAAUGACCAGUGUCUGUUGCGUGUUCGUAGAAUGUAGACUUGCUCGCGCGUAAUCGGUGCCGUUGCUUUGCCUCGUUUUCGCCUCGCUUAGCCGGCACUUCUCGCACCUCAGCAUGGCGACCAAGAAAAAGGCGCUUGAAAUGCGCCGCAGCACGGCGGCGCAGUUCUUCAUGGACGAAGAACAAGUUGAACAGAAGUCAACCAGCGAACGGGUUGUUGAACUCAUCAACCUUUCUGCAUUACAUCAAAGUAUUAAGGACCAUCAUAAAGUCAACAACCUUCGUCAGGUCCAGGAGCUCAUCGUCUACAAAGAGCCGGACCUACUCGACAACUUUCUCGAUGAAAUGCUUGCAUUCCAAAAUGAUCGAUCAUCGGAGAUCCGAAAGUUUGUUGUUGGAUUCAUAGAGGAGGCAUGCAAACAAGAUCCAGACAUCUUCCCCAAGGUCUUGGCCAAUCUGCGCAUGAUGUUUCGGGAUGAAGCAGUUGCAGUGCAGAAGAGGGUAAUUCAGGCCACCACACAACUGUACAAAGUAGCAUUGCGAUGGAUAUGCCAGGCCAAGAAAGUUGAUGACCUUAUGGAAACGUCUUGGGAAUACAUCAGAAGCCUCAAGAACGACAUAGUGUCUCUUCUGGAUUGUGAUAACGACGGUAUCCGGACUCAUACCAUCAAGUUUAUGGAAAUGCUAGUCAUACUGCAAACUUACCCGGAUGGUGACAGUCCAAAGAAAGCAGCAAACGAUUUUGCUCUUGACGAUGUUCCAUUGAUGCUGAAGUUCAUCAAGCCUCGAAAGCUUGAGGAAGAAGCAAAGCAAGUUUUUGAUGCACUUGUUGUGUUUCAUGGGACACCGCACAUCUCAAGCAUCAACUUAAUGACCUGUAUGCAAGCUCUUGUGCUCAUCGCAAAGCACAGGUCAGAGUUCAUGUCAAGAGUCAUCCAGGCGUUAGAAUCACUUCACGCAAACCUGCCACCGACAUUAGCGAAGUCCCAAGUGAGCAGUGUACGGAAGCAUCUCAAGCUUCAGUUACUAAUCCUCAUGAAGCACCCUGCUGCUGUUGACUAUCAUGGCCAAAUUAGCACACUGCUAACUGACCUUGGAGCAACACCCCAGGAGAUCUCAAAGAGCAUGCCCAAACCAGAAGAAAUCAAAAAGCGAGCACGGCUCAUCGAGGAGGGCACAGCAGCCACACCUGGAAGUGCCACAGCACCACCAAGUGUCAAGCGAAUAAAACUUGAGGCCGAAGAAGAGGAAGAAGAAAAGGAAGAGGAAGACACCUCAACAAUAUCGAAGGCAGCCACCAACACAGCCAUUGACAUCACUGCUGAAGAUUUGGUGCCGCGACUGACAACCGUGAACGUGACUGACAUCGUCCUUGUGAGCAUGCUUUCACUGCCAGAGACAAUGCCUGCACACUUCCAAGCAUCCUACACUCCCAUUGCUGUAGCGGGCACAGAAACCCAGAUCAAGCACUUGGCAAGACUUAUCUCGACUCAGAUGACUGCCGCGGGCUUGGGCAAGGGAGUUGAGGAGAUGAUCGCCAAAGCCAAGGAGCAGCAGCAGCAAGAUGAGGAGGCCAUGCAGACAGAUGAAGCAGCGCAGCCGAAGCAGACAAUUCAGACACUCCUAGGUGGAACCACAGCUGACGCCAAGAAAAAAGAGGCCAAGAAUGCGGUUCUUGUCCCCACAGGCUUUGAGGGAAAAAGCCGAAGACUCCGGCAACUCAACUUGGCAGACAUCACGCGACCUCUUUCUGAAGACGAAAUGACCCAGAUGCUCGUCUCCACAGUUCGGAGGAUUCUUGAUGCUGGCCGCGAAUCAAAGUCACUCAACACCAGUAUAUCACCGGUCCAGGUCAAGAUCCUUGCUGGAUUGGCAACCCAGUUUGGAGGAGAAAUCAGUGCAAGUACGUGUUUCCUUUAUGUGUAUGAAUGCACGUGUAAUCUUAUGCUAAGCAAGCAUGUGCACGUAUUCAAACUACUAAAAUGUUCUCCAGCAUUGUCCUUGGAUAUAAUAUGAUUAUCCAGCAAUUUC